AUGAGCCACCAAGGUGGCCCCUUCCAGCGCGGAAUAUGGGACUAUCGCAACCUUUUUCGCUCUGCUCCAGCAGGAGGAGGAGGAGGAGAAGGAGGUACGCGUAUUACCCAGCCUCUACGAAACAGAUACUACACAGCAGGUGUUGAUGACCAAGAAACCGCAUACGGCAACGACGACAUGCACUUCGUGGAUCUGGACAUGUCGACGAGCAACUGUUUUACCUACAACCACGCUUCAUACACCGACCGUGAUGGCACUAUGCGGGUGGAACGGCACAGACACAGGCCCUCAGAGCCGCUGCACACAUUCACCAUGUGGCGUGAUAUGGGAGGACGAGGUGCGGCCGCGGGAGCGAGCGUGAGAGCGAGGAUGCAGCGGUCGGUGGGUUUCGGGGGCAGCGGAUACGCGGUAGGCGGGGGAGUAAGAGGACAUGGGAUUUUUCCGUCUGAGAGCUGGAGUAUGCGGAAUCUGUUUGGCGCGGCUGGCGGGCACGCUGCAGAUAUCGGUCGCGGCCGUCGGACUAGUCGUUAUCGUCGUCACCAUGGUGGUCUUGGAGACCUGGGCAUCGUGUCUGGUGCCUACGAGGAUUUUGUUGGUGGAAUGCGACAUACACAUACGCCUACACGUGUAUCGCAGCAGGGCAGGUUCGAGCAGGAUACAUCUGAAUCCACGGUCGAUUUCCUGCAGCGACAUACGCAGCCCGUGGUGCAUGGCGGGGCAAAUGCGCCUCCCAACACUAAUUGUCCGAUUUGUCUAGAGCCACCGUCUGCGACGCACCGCUGUGUGCAGAUUAAGGGCAUACCCGGGUGUAGCCACCUGAUUGGCCGCGAGUGUCUGGAAGAGCUGUUGGAGCACCAGCGGGGAGACAAGAAAGAGUGUCCACUGUGCCGCACGGAAUGGCUGCCUGAAGACGGCAUACGGCAGGGCGCGGAAGAAUGGCAGCGUCUUGCGCCGCUCUAUGGUGCUCGUGGCGCUGCUAUCGAUGCGCCAAGGUCCGGUAUGCGUGGCCUAGAUGGUGGCGGUGGUUUUCAGCUUGGCAACUUCCAAGGCGACCAGGGCGCGGCAUCCUAUCCGCCGGAUUACUAUCACGAGCUACAUGCACCCGACUACGAAGACGGAUGGUGGUAUGCGUGA